CUCCAGUGUUAGCCCGCGAGACAUCUGUCGCCGUUAUGCCCGAGCCAACCAAGUCGGCGCCCGCCGCCAAGAAGGGCUCCAAGAAGGCGGUGACCAAGGCGCAGAAGAAGGACGGCAAGAAGCGCAAGCGCAGCCGCAAGGAGAGCUACUCGGUGUACGUGUACAAGGUGCUCAAGCAGGUGCACCCCGACACCGGCAUCUCGUCCAAGGCCAUGGGCAUCAUGAACUCCUUCGUCAACGACAUCUUCGAGCGCAUCGCGGGCGAGGCGUCGCGCCUGGCGCAUUACAACAAGCGCUCGACCAUCACGUCCCGCGAGAUCCAGACGGCCGUGCGCCUGCUGCUGCCCGGCGAGCUGGCCAAGCACGCCGUGUCCGAGGGCACCAAGGCCGUCACCAAGUACACCAGCUCCAAGUGAGGCGCCGCGGCCUGACUCCUCACCCCAAAGGCUCUUUUCAGAGC